UGCCUAUGCGACUCGACACGUCAAAAACUGUCAACGAACCGAGUUGUGAUUUGUUUAUUUAUUCUCGCCGCGGAAGAACAGUUAUUUUAGGGAGUGAAAGUUCAAACGUGUUACGCGCUUGCGAAAAUCGCCCACGGAUCGUGUCAAAGACUUUUCAUAGUCAGAUUGCGUGCGCCGCCGAGUCCUUUCGCGACGGGAAAUUGAUUUUUCGGUGGAGUCUGAGUGCCUGUCCGUGUCCGAGUUGCGGUAGGUCCGAGACCGAACAGGGCCCCCGUGCACCGUUGCGCCAAGCCCGCCGAGUCGCCACAGAAGGAUGCCUUCAGCCCGCCUGGCCCUGCGCGAGGAAGACGUGAUUCGCCUGGCGCUCGAGUUCCUCGACAACCGACAGCUCCACAUUAGCCAGCUGUCGCUGGAGCGCGAGACGGGCGUGAUAAAUGGCCAAUUCUCCGAUGACAUACUCUUCCUACGACAGCUCAUUCUGGACGGGCAGUGGGACGAUGUCAUCGAGUUCAUUCAACCGCUCGAGGCACUGCAGGCCUUCGACAUGAAGAAGUUCUGCUACACCAUCCUCCGCCAUAAGUACAUCGAGCUGUUGUGCAUAAAGUCGGAGGCUGGCGGCGCACUCGCGGCCGCUGGCCAGGGAGUCAACUCGAUGGAGGGCGCCGUGGAGGAGGUGGUGCAGGUGCUCGAGCAGCUCGAGAAGCUCGCACCCUCCAAGGAAGAGUACUCCAACCUCUGCCUGUUGCUAACGUUUCCACGUCUAAUUGAUCACCUGCAGUACCGUGACUGGAACCCGAGCAAAGCCAGGGUCCAGUGCUUCCGCGAGAUCUAUCCGCUCGUGGAGAAGUACCUCCCGUACGAGUCAAAGACUGAAGCUGUGCCGUCCGCCCGGAGCGACCGCCUCAUCCAGCUCGUGAUCAAAGGUGUCUUGUACGAAUCCUGCGUGAGCUACUGCCAGGCGAAGGCGACCGGGUCGCCGGACGUGCUCAACCAGGACAUGGCCUUCUCCAAGCUGCUGGAUGGCUCGGGAGGGUUCAGUGAUUCAGAUUUGUCGCUGCUCAGCUGGCUGCAGAGCAUUCCGGCUGAGACGUUCUCGGUGCCUUUUGAACAGAAAACGUUGAAUGUGGAUGUCGAGCGCCUCGAGCGACCGUCGCUCGAGACCUCUUGGACGGAACAUAUGCUUAUCACGCCAAUCAAGCCAAAAACAUUUCCGCAUUCUGUGAUGCCGUUCACGAGACCCAGAAGUGCUGCUGACAUAAUGACGCGGUCGCUGAUCCCAAACCUCGAAGGACUUCCGUUCGGUUUAAAUGCAUCGAAACUCUCAGACACCGUGGAUCGAGCAUCUAUGUCACGUUCAAGUUUCGCCAGCUUUCACUUGACCGGCAUCAAGGCCAAUUCGAGAAGUGUGAUGGCAUCUAGUGUUGACCGGUUGUUCUCCAACGAUAACGCACAAUCCCUCACAAAUCAACAUGAAUAUGAGGGUCUGCCAUCGAUUCAGGAAAUACAGUCAAAGUCAGCGGAGGAAACUCAUCCUCCUGGGAGGGUAGUGGACGCUAACGAUCGCCUCGUGGACAAUGAAAGUCCUGGAACAACUACAUCGACCGCGAAAAGCUCAAGACGCGAUUCUCUAAGCGAGCGAUCUCAGCUACCGCCCCAGCCGCAGCAGCCACAACAACAACAACCACAGGUGCCACCUCCGAAGCUCCUGCAGCAACAUUCAAAUGCUGAGCAGAAACAGGAGCCUCUUUCAAAUCAUUCAUCGCCAAAACUCGAUUCGAAUUUUGCCGGUCGAAUGCGUGGUGAACUGUUCGAGAAGUAUCAGAGGCAGAAGUUGAACAGGGACGUGCCAGAAGGCAUCAAAGCACAACUCGAGAAUGACCACAUGGCGGGCAGCUCCGACAUUGCAACGGACUCAGUUACAAGCGGCCCAAAGGAGAGGUUCCUCGAGGAGAAUGACAGUAAUCGCCCACACUUCGUAGCAGUCACAUCCCUUGAAGAUGUGCAGGCGGUACGAUGUGCCGAGUUCCAUCCAAGUGGACGUGUCUAUGCAGUGGGAUCCAAUUCAAAAACGUUCAGAAUAUGUGAAUAUCCAUCAUUGUCGGAAGUCAGGGAAGAGCAUACAACAUACCAGCCAACAGUUCUAUUCAAACGAACGAAACACCACAAGGGCUCGAUAUACUGCAUGGGCUGGGCCCCAGACGGUGAGCUUGUGGCGACUGGUUCAAAUGACAAAACAAUUAAACUCAUGCGAUACGAUGAAGUUAAAAAGCAGCUGGAAGGACGUGAAAUUGAGUUAACUAUGCACGAUGGUACUGUUCGAGAUCUUUGCUUCUUGGAGGAUACGUCGAAUAAAGCUAGUUUGCUUAUUAGCGGUGGUGCUGGUGAUUGUAAAAUAUACGUGACAGAUUGCGCCACAGCUACACCAUUCCAGGCUCUUAGCGGUCAUGGUGGUCAUAUUCUGUCACUAUACAAUUGGGGAGGUGCUAUGUUUGUUUCCGGGUCACAAGAUAAAACCAUUAGAUUUUGGGAUCUACGCACAAGAGGCUGCGUUAAUACUAUAACGCCAGCUACAUCGCCGGGAACACGGCAAGGUUCACCAGUGGCUGCUGUUUGUGUUGAUCCGUCAGGUCGUUUAUUGGUAUCAGGUCAUGAAGACAGCUCCUGUGUUCUAUAUGAUAUACGUGGUAACAGACCUAUCCAGUGCUUCAAACCACAUUCAGCUGAUAUAAGAUCUAUUCGGUUCUCUCCAUCGGCUUACUACUUAUUAACAGCCGGCUACGAUAAUAAACUUGUAUUAACUGACUUACAAGGCGAUUUAACCCUUCCGCUACCCUCGGUGGUGGUCGCACAUCACACGGACAAAGUAAUUUCAGGUCGAUGGCAUCCGACUGAUUUCUCUUUUCUAUCGACGUCAGCCGACAAAACAGCCACGCUUUGGGCCUUGCCGCCCCUGUAAGAUGUUAUAUGUAUAUCGUUUAACGGUGUUUUUUUAUAUUAUUACUUAUUAUGAUAUGCAAUCGAACAAACAGAACAUAAUGCAAGUAUAAAAUAGAUAAAAAGCAAACAAAGAAAAAUAAGAAGAAUAAAAAAAAAACUGAAAACUAAUAAAAUAAUUUAAAUCUUUUUUAACGUGUAAAAUCCACAAAGAUUUUUUUUAUUAAGAUAAUGAUUUUUUUACGAUUAUUUUUGUUGCAUCGUUGUUUAAUUAUUUUUUAUUUACUUUUUCCGUUUUUCACACAUAGUGUUCGGAUGAAGAUAUUUAUUUAUAUUCAAAUUCAAUACGAUAUAAAUCAAAACGGCAGAAAACCUGAAAAUAGCUGAAAUCAAAUUGUAAACUGACAUAUUAAAAAAAUAUAUUACCAAAAAUAAAGCGGA